AUGCGUCUUUCUACGGUUGCUCUUUUCGGCCUUUUAGCCACCGCUGCUCAGUUUGCAAAGGCAGAUGAUUUGCAAGACGAAAUUGAUCAAGCUCAAAAAAAGUUUUGUAACGGUCUGAGCGUGUCAGCUCCCACUCAAGGACAGGAAUUUAGCGAUGCCACCAAGGUCACUGUCACCGUCGAUCGUCAACCUGAUUCCGAGGCCAAGGUCAUUAACGGUGUAGAUAUUUACUCGAUCGGAAACGAUGGCACACCAAAGUACCUUGGUACACCUUGGAAGGGCUCGUAUGCACUCAACACCCAGGCCACCUUAAACGUCGAUAUCACAAAGACACAAGGCGUGCAGCUUCCUUCCCAGUUCAAAUUCCGCGUGUGGGUCCACAACUCGCAGUCAGGUCCCGACUGUACCUUGAUGUCCCAGGUCUUUAAGGCUUCCUCGCCAAGCCACGACAAUGCUGCCAACAUGGAGGCAUUGCAAAAUCUCGACAAGGAUGUGGGUCGUGGUUGCUUUGGUGUUGAAUUGACCAAGCCUGCUUUGGGUGAAAAGAUCGAUAUCAGCAAGACCAAGCGUGUCCCUGUCCAUAUCAAGAGUGAUCCCAUCUCCCAAUUGGCCCAAUACAAGUCGCUCAAGCUUUACAAGGUCAACCUCAAGGACCGCGAAACUGAGUUGGUCCAAGAGUCGUGGGAUGGCCCUGAGGAUGCUCAUCAAUUGUUCAGCAUCAAGGACACCAUCAAGAACGUCUCUGAAACUAGCCCCAAGGAUGCCUACUUUUAUCAAGUCAUUGGUGUCACCGAGGAUAAAGAGGAAUGCACCUUCACCUCGCAUCCUUUCUACCUUACAAAGUAA